UUGUCCUUCCCCGAGGGGGUUGCCGGAGCUCUCCUGGCUCGCUCCCCUCAGACGUGUCGCGUCGCCUUUCCCGCCAGCAGCGCAGCGGCCGGGCCUCCGGGCGAACGGAAAGCGUGAGUGGCUUUGCGAAUGGGGACUGGCGCGGUCCGGCUGGUAUCCUUGAUCCUCCCAAACAUCUCACAAUGUUGUGUCGAGCUGCUCUGAGCCGCUCCUUCCGCUCCCCUGGACGAUACCUCCUCUUCUCACCACAGUACAUCACAGCUAUUUCCCAGCCUUAUUUGCCUGUCCAUAACCUGGUGUUAAGGAAUGAAUCUAUCCGUUGCUGGAGUAACAUCCCAUUUAUCACCAUGCCCCUCAGUCGUACACAUGGCAAGUCAUUUGCACAUCGCAGUGAGCUGAAGCAUGCUAAAAGGAUUGUGGUGAAGCUGGGUAGUGCUGUUGUGACUCGAGGGGAUGAGUGUGGAUUGGCUCUUGGGCGGUUGGCAUCUAUUGUUGAGCAGGUGUCAAUGCUGCAGAAUCAGGGUCGGGAAAUGAUGAUAGUCACCAGUGGUGCUGUGGCCUUUGGAAAACAGCGAUUGCGCCAUGAGAUCCUGCUUUCUCAAAGUGUGAGGCAGGCCCUCCAUUCAGGACAGAACCAGCUAAAGGACAUGGCUAUUCCAGUUCUGGAGGCACGAGCCUGUGCAGCCGCUGGGCAGAGUGGACUGAUGGCUCUCUAUGAGGCCAUGUUUACACAGUACAGCAUUUGUGCAGCUCAGAUUUUAGUCACCAAUUUGGAUUUCCAUGAUGAACAGAAGCGUCGGAAUUUAAAUGGGACAUUGCAUGAGCUGCUGCGGAUGAACAUCGUCCCUAUUAUUAACACCAAUGAUGCUGUUGUUCCACCUCCAGAACCAAACAGUGAUCUUCAGGGGGUAAAUGUUAUUAGCGUUAAGGAUAAUGAUAGUCUGGCAGCACGAUUGGCUGUAGAAAUGAAGACUGAUCUCCUGAUUGUUCUCUCAGAUGUAGAAGGGCUCUUUGACAGUCCCCCAGGGUCAGAUGAUGCGAAGCUCAUUGACAUAUUUUACCCUGGAGAUCAGCAGUCUGUGACAUUUGGAACCAAAUCCCGGGUAGGGAUGGGAGGAAUGGAGGCCAAGGUAGGAGAAGCUUGAAGCCUGUGCUGCUUUGUGGGCCCUCCAAGAUGG